GCAUGCGAUGGCCGAGCAUGGCGGCGGCUAAGGGCCCCGGCAGCGGGAGGCUGUGGCUCAGCCCCGCUUGGCGCCGUCCGAGGGGCUCUUGCGGUAUCCCCGCUCCUGAGGGAGCAGCCUGGCCUGGCCUGGCCUGCACUCCCGUGUCUUGGGCACCACAGGUCUCACAGCCCCAGAAUCCCUUCCAAAAACGUUCAAAACCAUCAAAGAAUAAAAGCUUUUGGCUAUUUUGCACAAUAUCGAAGGUAUCCAUCGCCAUCUAGCGACACCACGUUGCGGCUGAGUCUGAGCACACAGCCGGAGCAGUCCCAGGGAGAAGAUGGUGCACCAGGACUCCUGCCAGCUUCUUUCAGUGGUUUGGAGCUCAGGAGACCUCGGUCACGGCUCUGGUGGCUCAGGGCUCACUCCUGAGGAGGUGGCUUAGAGAAGGUACAGAUGUUUGUGGAGAGUUCCUAGUGGGACAGCUCUUGCCAUGCCUGGGCAGUGGGGACGUAGCACAGGAACUGAUGUUCAAUGGCUAGAAGAGAGCUGACAAGUGGCUGAAAUGAAUACGACUACUAUCCUACAAGAGAUUUUGAUUAAAAGAUCACAGCAGAAGAAGAGGACUUCUCCCUUAAACUACAAAGAGAGGCUUUUUGUACUUACAAAAUCUAUGCUAACAUACUACGAAGGUCGAGCAGAGAAAAAGUACAGAAAAGGAUCUGUGGAUAUUUCAAGGAUUAAAUGUGUGGAAGUUGUAAGAAGUGAUGGUAUUAUUCCAUGUCAAAAUAAAUAUCCUUUUCAGGUUGUAUAUGAUGCUAAUACACUUUAUGUUUUUGCACCGAGUGCACAAAGCCGGGAUCAGUGGGUGAGGAACCUGAAAGAAGAAAUAAAGAACAACAGCAAUAUAAUGGUAAAAUAUCAUCCUAAAUUCUGGACAGAGGGAAUUUAUCAAUGCUGCAGGCAGACAGAAAAAUUAGCACCUGGCUGUGAAAAAUAUAGUCUUUUUGAAAACAAUGUAACGAGAUUGUCCUCUUCAAUGCCAGAAAAAAAUGUGAGAAGGCCUCCACCACCUGUUCCUCCAGUUGAGGAAAAUGGGAAUGAAGAGGAGGAGAUAGUGGUAGCAAUGUAUGACUUUGAACCUACAGAACACCACGAUUUAAGAUUAGAGAAAGGUGAAGAAUAUACAGUGAUUGAGAAGAAUGACAUUCAUUGGUGGAAGGCGAGGGACAAAUACGGGAAACAAGGAUAUAUUCCAAGCAACUAUGUAACAGGAAAGAAAUCCAACAACCUUGAUCAAUAUGAGUGGUACAGCCGAAACCUGAACAGAAGCAAGGCAGAGCAGCUCCUCAGAAAUGAGGAUAAAGAAGGUGGUUUUGUGGUGAGAGACUCCAGCCAGCCUGGCCUGUAUACUGUUUCCCUUUAUACAAAAUUUGGAGGGGAAGGUUCAUCAGGAAUAAGACACUAUCAUAUAAAAGAAACAGUGACAUCACCAAAACAGUACUACCUCGCAGAAAAACAUCUCUUUAAUUCCAUUCCAGAAAUAAUUGAAUAUCACAGCCAUAAUGCAGCAGGUCUCGUUACCAGGCUGCGUUACCCAGUGACCCCAAAGAAGACGACAGCCCCAACAACGGCAGGAUUCAGCUAUGAGAAAUGGGAGAUCAAUCCCUCAGAGCUGACGUUCAUGAGGGAGCUGGGCAGCGGUCUGUUCGGCGUGGUGCGCCUGGGCAAGUGGAGGGCUCAGUACAAGGUGGCCAUCAAGGCAAUCCGGGAAGGGGCCAUGUACGAAGAGGACUUCAUUGAAGAAGCUAAAGUCAUGAUGAAGCUAACACAUCCUAAACUAGUUCAGCUGUAUGGUGUGUGCACACAGCAGAGGCCCAUUUACAUCGUGACAGAGUUCAUGGAGCACGGCUGCCUUCUCAAUUACCUGAGGCAAAAACGGGGAGUUUUGAGCAAAGACACUCUGCUUACUAUGUGCCAAGAUGUGUGUGAGGGAAUGGAGUACCUGGAGAGGAACAGCUUUAUCCACAGAGACCUGGCUGCCAGGAACUGUUUGGUGAGCGACUCAGGAGUGGUCAAAGUCUCAGAUUUUGGAAUGACAAGGUAUGUCCUUGAUGACCAGUACACAAGUUCUUCAGGGGCUAAAUUUCCUGUGAAAUGGUGCCCCCCAGAAGUCUUUAAUUACAGCCGAUUCAGCAGCAAGUCAGAUGUCUGGUCGUUUGGUGUUUUAAUGUGGGAAGUAUAUACAGAAGGAAAAAUGCCCUUUGAGAAAAGCUCCAACUAUGAAGUGGUAACAAUGGUUAGCCAAGGACAUCGCUUGUAUCGGCCCAAACUGGCCUGUAAGCAGAUGUAUGAAAUGAUGAUGAUGUGCUGGCAGGAGAAACCAGAGGAACGCCCAACUUUUGAAGAGUUGCUUCAUGCAAUCUUUGACAUUGCAGAGGGUGAAGAUGCUUUUUGAAAAAAGGCAGCCAGCAGCACAAGCAGAGGAAAUAAGGCACUUCCCAGAGAUAUGUGGCUUCAUAGUUUCUUUUUAAGGGCUUGAUCCUGUAAGCUGUUUGGUGCUGCUAAACAGUGUGGGGAACCUGUAAUGUCUGAUGCACUCCAGAACAAGGAGAGUUUUACAUGAUGUUGUAAAAUGAACACCAUAUCUUCAGCAAUAUUAGCAAUCUCUAUAUUUUCUCUGAAAAGUCAGCAUUGCAUAGCUGUAAAAUUGAGUUCUUUAUGGAGGGAGAAAAUGUGGCCAGAGGCCAGGAACCUCAUUUGCAUUUUGUGGGUUGGGUUCACGUACAUAGAGUCCAGGUUUUUGGGUUUCUCUUUACAUGGGAAGUAGCAUUAGUAGUGAUUUGCAUGCUUAAAAAUGGAAGGUAUCUAUAAAUGGCUUUUUACUGGCACUGAAAUGUUUCUAGAGGUCCUCCAGGAACAUUACUUUUCUUGGUUGAUGGGCGUUUAUCAAGAAGAUGAAAUGCUCUUCUUUCAUUUGCACAUAGUAAAUUGUCACCAGCACAGCCCUCAGUCUAACAUAACACUCUAAAAGCUCUGCUUCAUGAGCUGUGAUAUGCCUGGAGUCUUUGUAAGCUGGGUUUACCUCCCAUGCUUAGUCUUCAUGUUACUAAUGAAAAAUAAGUCCAAGAUUAAGCACAACUUGCUGUCAGUGAACCAUAGUACCAUGUUUUGGAUUAAUUAUAAAAUAAUUUAUAUGCUGUAUGUAUUGUAAAUAUAUAAAUUGUAUUCAUUUAUUUAUACAAAGUGGGGGCGUUUUGUCAUGAAAUGUUCAAGCACAAAUUUGUCCUUUCUUCACUUAAACACACAAUUCUAUACAGGGGGGUUGUAAAUGAAAAAAUUUCUCGAGUGUGUUUAAGAAGGGCUCCUGUUUCUGUCUGUUGUCUGUACAUACAGUGAUCUUUCUGUUCAUAACAGAAGAUACCAUACUGCAUGUGUGUGUAAAUAAACUGAAUGUUAACUAUUGUUUGGAACCAA